CUCAAUAUUUAUUAAUUUAAAAUAAUGAGUCUCAAUAAAAAAUAAUAUUUAUUUAUUUAAAAGUAGGCCGGUUUGAGGGCGUUACAACAUCAUUCUCAUAAUUUUACAACUAGGCCAUCAAUUGUACACAUCAUCACCAUACACACCACACACUUCACGUGGAGUUGAAAAUUAAAGAGGGAAAACAACCAAAAGUAAACAUUGUUUCCCCCCAAUUUUUUCCUAAGUACACCCUCUUCAAUGAGCAUAUAAAUGGGUUGUGUGCAUUGAAGAAGGCUAUUUAAUGCUAAUCAAUAAUGGAUUACAUAUGUUCAAACCCAUCUUCAUCCACACUUCAUGUGUUUGACCUCAAUCUCCCCCCUGCGACUGCCCAUGACUUCAAUCUCAAUGAGGAUCCGACGCCAGCUUCACGUGGAGAUGAUUCGUCUUUUGACGAUGAUCCAUCUUUUGACGACACAGUUCCGAGCCUUAGCAUCCGAGCUACUGCUUCAUUCAGCGAGACGGGACGUUUAGCCGUGGGUGUUUCCCCACCGACACCUAUGACAAACACAUCAACUUCCCGUGGAGUGCAUACCGGGCAGCUUGAUGAACCUGUGCACGAAAACGAAGAGGAACAACAGGAGAACAACACAAGGCAGAGACUAUCUGCUACUGAAAAGAAACGCCUAGAUGCAAUGCUAAUGGGAAAGGCCAAAGAAGACUGUAAACUUCAGAGGGGGGUCAUUAAAGAAGUAGCUGCGAAGUUCAACACUAACAGAUGGGCCGUUCACAUCUUAUGGACCAAAGCAAAACAACAAUUUAAUGCAAGCUUACCCAUUAAUGUGGAACAAGAAAUGAGGGCUCGUGUGGGCAGAAAAAGAGUCACAUGUGAUUUAGGAAAACAGGAAGGAGCAAAGAGGAGUAGUAAAAACAGGCCUGCAGGUACUUUAGUAACAAAGCCAAUUCCAUUUGUGACCAGAGAUGUGAUGAAGAGAAUGAUGCUAAAUGAGGUCAUACCUGCCGUUAAGGCCAAAUGGCCCGAUGCAAGGGCUAAGCGUGUCAUCAUACAACAAGACAAUGCCAAACCUCAUGUCACCCUGAUGAUCCAGACAUAGUCCAGAGUUGUCAAGAAGAUGGCUGGAACAUUUCUAUAAAGUGCCAACCUCCUAACAGCCCUGAUCUCAAUGUACUAGACUUAGGAUUCUUUGCAUCAAUAGACAAUCUCAAAAACCAAAAAGUCCCAAGGAACAUAAAUGAACUGAUCAAUG